AUGUGUUGUUCGACGCUGGUCUAUUCUCUUCUUUUUAUUGAUAUAUUCCUUAAUGUUCAAGGCUACAAUUAUGAUAAAGAGUUUCAGUUGAAAAGCGUGAUUCCUCGAAGGCUUGCUCGUGCUACCUGUUCUAAAAAAAAUCAAUGUUUGUCGAAAUGGGGCUACUGCGGAACAGGAUUAGAUUAUUGUGGUGAUGGAUGUCAAGCGGGUCCAUGCACGGGAACUACCACGCCUAUAACUACUAGUACCACUGCAGGUGGUCUUGCCUGUUCUGAUCCAACUCAAUGUCGAUCGAAAUGGGGCUACUGUGGAACAGGAUCAGCUUAUUGUGGUGAUGGAUGUCAAGCGGGUCCAUGCAUGGGAACUACUACGCCUAUAACUACUAGUACCACUGCAGGUGGCCUCGCCUGUUCUGAUCCAACUCAAUGCCGAUCGAAAUGGGGCUUCUGUGGAACAGGAUCAGAUUAUUGUGGUGAUGGAUGUCAAGCGGGUCCAUGCACGGGAACUACCAUGAUUAUAAGUACUAGCACCAGUGCAAGUGGUUCGAUUGGUGUUAUUGACAGCAAUGCAUUUGCUUGUGUAUUCAACACGAUCAAUGCUACAUUACGUGCUAGUCGAUUCGACGGACUAAAGGCAACAGGAUGGACGCCGAUGAAUAAGAACGAAGCUGCUGUCUUUCUUGCACAUGUAUAUCACGAGACAGAUGGACUCAAGACAAUGCGAGAAUACUGCGCUCCAGGUUGUGGUUCAAAAUACAGUGGCUCUUGGUGCAGCAUCUCGGGUGUACAGGGAAAAUGGUACUAUGGUCGAGGUUGGUUUCAGCUCUCAUGGCCAUGUAACUAUUACAGUGCGGGUCAAUAUCUUGGUGUUGAUCUUCUCGCAGAUCCAGACAAGGUAGAAAAUGAUCCUAAACUAGCAGUAAGUACGGCUCUCUGGUUCUACAAUGCAAAUGGUAUGGCUGCACCAGCUCAAAUAGGUGAUUUUGCUGCUACAACACGCAUCAUCAACGGUGCUGUUGAAUGUGACCAAGGGCCAGGCUAUAGUAAUCAAUUGACCCGAAUUAUCAAUGCAAUUAAAAGUCGUGAAGGACAAAUAAAUGAUUGUAAUUUUAAAUUUCUACAACAUCAUAAGAAUGACGAAGAAAUACAUAAUUAUUCAACAAAUCCUAUCAAACAACUGAAUUUAACAGAAUCUGAUAUUGAAAAGAUUAUAGAAAAUGCAUUCGAAUCUGCUAAAAAAUAUGUCACAAUGGUCAACAUGUCCAAGCUAUUGAUUAAUAAAAAUAUAUACACAUUACCUGAAUUAAGUCAAUUUAUAAAAAUUAAUAUAAGUAAAUCUUCGUCAAAGGUAGUAGAUUAUACAGAAAGUAUUAAUCUUGAUGAAGAUAGUGAUGAAGAUGAAUUAUGCAAUCAAGUCAAACGUUGUGGUCCUCAAUGUCCUGCAAGUAUUUAUUUAUUAUACUAUUCAGAUAGUGAUAAAAUUACCAUUUAUCAAAUGGAAGCUGCACACGAACAUCAUAAUGAUAGAAUUUGUGGUAUUGAUGAAUAUGUUAAAAAAUCCAUUGAAAAUUUAUUUGAUGAUGAAGAAAAAAAGAAAUUUGAUGCAAAUAAAAUAAGUUUAUGUGAAUUAGAACAAUGCUGUGGAAAUAAUCAAGAUAUUCCACUUGAUGAAAAUAAAUCUUUUGUUGUAUUAUACAGGAUAUUAUAUAAUGAUGAAGAAUAUAAAGAUGAUGAAGAUGUAGAAGAUGAUGGCGGAAUUAAAUUUCGUAUCUUUAUAUCAUCUAUUCAUUUGCUCAACAUUGUAUCUAUGUCACAACAUAUACAUGCUGAUGCUACUUAUAAAUUAAUUUGUCAAGGUUUUCUAGUA